AUGAUUGUAGAAAAGGAAGAACUGAAUGAUUUAAACAGGACGAUCGAUAUUAUUAUUAAUAAUUAUGAUAAUGAAGUAAUUAAUAAAAGGAAAGAAGAAUUUUCAAAUGAUGAUUAUGCUUAUAGUUUAUGUGAAGAUAAUUAUAAAAGUAGAAAAACAAGAAAUGUUGUUAUAAAUAUGUUAAAUAAGAAUAUUAAUAUUAUAUAUUAUAAUGAUGAGUAUAAAAAUAUCAUAUUUAUUAAUUUCUUAAGAUUAUGUCAAUUAAAUAAUUUGAAUGUAAAGAAAUAUCAUGAUUUGUUUAUAAAAUAUGAUGCUUUUAAUACUAUAGCAAAUUCUGAAAAAAAUGUAGGUUUCUUUUUAAAGCCUGUUAUUAAAAAUGAUAAAUUAUUGUGGGAUAUAAACCUUGAUGAUUUCGACUUAUAUAAUUUGCAGGGUGAUACUUAUAACAGUACCGAAAAUGUUGUAUACGAAUCAAAUAAUAUUAAAAAUGAUAAUGGAAAUAAUGAUGUUAAUGAUAAAAAUGAUGGUAAUAAUAAUUCUUAUUACAUUUUACAAAAUGAUAUUAAAGUAAAAUUAAAUGAUCUUUUAGAAAAUUCAUCUAGUGCUCAAUCAUCAAGUUAUGUUGACGAAGAAAGUGAAUAUUCUUUAUCAUCAUAUUCAGAAAACGAGGAUAACAUAAGUAAAUACAAUGAAGAAAAUUUAUCAUCUAUUAAUAAUAACAUAAAACAUAUAAAUAAUAAUAUAGAAAAACAUUAUCCUAAUGACUUAUUAUCAAAAUGUCCAUAUUAUAUAAAUAAUAAAUAUGUAACAAAUGAAUCAAUAAAUUGUGAAGAUUAUUCAAUUGGUGAUGAGAAACAAAAACAAAGAGAAAAAACAAAUAAUCAAGCACAUAACCAUUGUCCAAUAUUAAAUAAAAACCCCAAAAUAAAUCAUAUACCUAAUAAAUUAGAACAUAAUUUUGAUCAUUUCUCAAAUUUAAAUAAUAUUAAUAUAAACCAAUUAGUAGAUGUCAUAGUGAAUCAAGAUAACCAACAUAAAUCAUGUGGUGAUAUUAGUAAAAAUUAUAUAGGAAAUAAAAUGGAAGAAUCCAUACUUAUAGAAAAAUUUGUACAAUCAUCUCAAAGUGAUUAUGAAGAAAUAAAUAAUUUACAUAAAAAAAUUAACAGCAUGGAACAAAUUAUUAAACAUUUAAUGAAUGAAAUAAUAAAAAGAGAUAUGAAUAAAAAAAAAAAAAAUGAAAAUAUAAAUGUGAUGAAAAAUUAUUAUAGUAAUAAUACAAAUGAACAUGAAAAUAAUAACUUAUUAUAUAAUAAACAAAACUCAAUAAAUGAUACACGUGAAAAGGAAAUUCAAACAGAUAAUAUAGAACAAAUAAAUAGAAAUAAUACAACAAGGAUAAAUGAAAUAAAAUUUGAUGUUAUGAAAAAUGUCGAACAUAACAUAAAAACAUAUACUAAAGAAGAUAUCCAUGAAAUCGAUAAAAAAUAUUUUGACAGUUAUAAUUAUGCAGAUAUACACAGAACAAUGAUUUUAGAUAAAAGCAGAACACAAUGUUAUUAUGAUUUUAUAAAUAAAAAUAAAGAAAUAUUUGAAAAUAAAAUAGUUCUCGAUAUAGGUUGUGGAUCAUCUAUUAUUUCUUUAUUCUGUUCUGAUUAUGCAAAGGUUGUUGUAGGAAUAGAUAACGCUGAGAAAAUUUUAGAGAAAGCAAAAAAAAUUACUGAAAUAAAUAAAGCAAAAAAUAUUUAUUUGUUCAAAGGUAAAUUAGAAGAUCAUAAUAUAUAUAUGGAUGAAAAGAAUGAAAUAUAUUAUUUAAACAAAGAUUUAGAUAUUGAAACAUUUGAAAAAUCAAAUAAUGUAAAAUUGGAUAUAUUAAAAUUUGAUAUAAUUAUAUCUGAAUGGAUGGGCUAUUUUUUAUUCUACGAAUGUAUGAUUAAUACUAUAUUAUAUGCUAGAGAUAAAUAUUUAAAAGAAAAUGGAUAUAUAUUUCCAAAUAAAAUAUAUUUAUAUAUGUCUGGAUAUAAUGAUAUAGAAUAUAUAAAUGAUAAUAUAUUAAUAUGGGAUAAACCUAUGUAUAAUAAGAAUUUGUAUGAACUCAAACCGAAUAAUCAGGAAUUUAUGGAAACGGCUAAAAUAAUGUAUGUUGAUAAAAAUAAUGUAUCAUCUGAAAUUAUUAAUUACGCUAUAAUUGAUAUGUAUACAUAUAAUAAAGAAUAUUUUUAUAUAAAUGUAGAUUUUAAAAUACCACUAAAAGAAAAUAAAAUUGUAACAAGUCUUUGUUUUUAUUUUGACUGUUUAUUUGAUAAAUCAACAUAUUAUAUAAAAAAAAAUAUACAUAAUAAUAAUAAUAAUAACAAUGUUGAUACUAAUAUGAAUCAACCUAUAAACGUGAAAGAACAGUUGAAUAAUUUAAAUACAAUACCAAAUGUUUCAAAUAAUACAAGUACUAUAUUAACAACAAGUAUGUUUAAAGAAAAAACUCAUUGGAAACAAACUCUUUUACAUUUACAUUCAAAUAAUUAUAAUUUGUCACAUAUAUUUAGCACAGAUAAUAAAGAACCUAAUUAUUUAUGUGGUAAUAUCCAUAUUUCUUCUCCCACGAAUUAUACAAGACAUGUUCACGUUGUUUUGCAGAUAAAGAAAAAUAAGUCCAUAAAUAUAAAUGAAGAGUUUGUUUGUCGUUAUUAUAUAGAUUGA